CACAAAAUAAUUCAGAUAGCUCUCACUCCAUCACUUUUCCUUUCUUCCCAAACACUGUCAAACUACUUCAAAAACGCCGUCACUAAUUUCCUGCCAUGGGCUUCGGAUCCCUAAGAUCCAUAAUCCGACCCGUUUCACGCGCACUCUUAUCGACCCGACCCCUAUCCGCUUUCACUCCGAUCACCUCUCCGGCGAAUACCAUAUCUCCGGUAACGGAACUCCGUCGGAAUUUAUUCAGCACUUUCCGACCAAAACUUCCAUGGAUUCCACCGUCCAACGCUGCUUCUGUUGCUGCUUUUCACAGCUUAACUGAUACUCGCUUACCGAAACGGAGACCGAGUUAUAAACCUAAACGUAAAAGAGCUAGCUUGAGACCUCCAGGUCCAUAUGCGUGGGUAAAAUAUACCCCUGGUGAACCUAUAAGUCCAAACAAUCCCAAUGAAGGAAGUGUCAAGCGAAGGAAUGAGAAAAAGCGAAUCGCGCAGCGGAAGGCAUUUAUAUUGCAGAUGAUUGAAUCCUACUUAUCCUGCUGUGGAACUAGUGUAGGAGGACAGUUAAACAAAGUGAAAAAUUUAUUGCAUGAAAGGGUCUCUUGCUGCAUGUCAAUCAUUAAAGCUGGAAAUCUUUGAUCACGGGCUGAGAAGAAGAAGCGUAAGGCUCAGUUGCAGGAGGCAAACCGGAAGAAAAUGAUAAAGCGAGUAGAGCGAAAGAUGGCUGCAGUUGCUAGGGAUAGAGCAUGGGCAGAAAGACUGGUAGAACUGAAGAAGUUUGAGGAAGAGAAGAAGGCAGCCAUGGCUUGAUAAGUUUCAAUCUGCUAAGUUUUUCUCUU